CUUAGUUGCCCUCAAUUUCAUUCUUCCCAAGCUGAUUUGCCCUACCAUAGUUUCUCUUUCUUCCUCAAACGCACAGCUUAUGCGCAGUAAAUGAAAACAGAAAAUGUUUGAAUAUUAGAUUCUGAUAUAGGAGCAUGUCGAUGGACCGUCAAGUGAAGCUCUUGCGGUGAUUAUCUUUGAUAUUAUUCGUCUACAUCAAUCGCGCAUUACGUGUUGCCUUCAUGCAUAUGAUAUGUUGGAUAUUGAGGAGCAAUCUGAUGACCGAAGAAGAAAUCGUCGUCAAUUUUCACGCUUGCAAAGGAUCCCUACGCAAGUUCGCAGACUCACAAGAUUAGUUGAAAUAUCCGACCAGGCUUGCAUUGAUAACCUUAGAAUGGAUAGGAAUUGUUUUGGUCGACUAUGCGUCCUAUUACGCGAGCAAGGUGGAUUGGUUGAUGGUAGGUUCGUAAAGGUUGAAGAACAAGUUGCAAUUUUCUUGUGUGUUCUUGCUCACCACAAAAAAAAUCGGGUGGUAAAAUUUGAAUUCUGGCGAUCUGGCCAAACAGUUUCCCACUAUGUUCAUGUCGUCCUUAAAGCUGUGAUAAAGUUGCAUGAAUUGUUUCUUGCUAAACCAGUUCCAGUAGACGAUCAAUGCCAGGAUUGGAGAUGGAAAUGGUUUCCGAUAUGGACUAAAUACAUGUGCAUCUCUAACUUUCAUUCUUGUGACAUGUUGUUGCUCAUAAUAAUAAGUAUGAUUAUUUCUCAUUCACAGGGUUGCUUAGGCGCUUUAGAUGGCACAUAUAUCAAUGUGUUAGUCGCAAGCGAGGAUAAACCUCGCUAUCGCACAAGGAAGGGUCAAGUGGCUACAAAUACACUGGCUGUGUGUACCAGGGACAUGCGUUUUGUAUAUGUAUUGGCCGGAUGGGAGGGAUCUGCAGGUGAUGCGCGAGUUCUUCAUGACACCGUGACACGGCCAAGGGGUAUCAAAGUGCCUAAAGGUCAAUAUUACCUAUGUGAUAAUGGCUACGCAAAUAGUGACGGAUUCCUAACCCCAUACAAGGGUUGUCGUUAUCAUCUUAAGGAGUGGGGACCCGCUGCUGUGGUGCCGCAAAAUGCUCGAGAAAUGUUCAAUAUGCGACACACGAAGGCGAGGAAUGUGAUAGAGAGAGCAUUUGCUGUCGUCAAAAUGAGAUGGGGUAUCUUACGCAGUGCAUCAUAUUAUCCAAUAAGAACACAGAUCAGGUUAAUCCUUUGUUGUUUCUUGUUGCAUAACUUCAUUCGUGGGGAAAUGGGCGUUGAUCCAAUUGAGCAAGAACUAGAUGGAGACUUCGAGGCAUCAAGUAUAGGAGCUGAGAUUGACGAACCUGUUUACAUUGAUACCAUUGAGCCCACACCUGCUUGGACUAACAAGAGAAACGAGCUUGCCGAGACAAUGUGGCUGAAUGGGAACGUGCAGUGAACAAAGGAUUUAAGGGCUUCACUCGUGGUUGAAGUGUCUGCCAAACACUAUGUGUGAUCAAGAUUGAUUUAUUUCGCAAGCUUACAACAAAUACUUUGUUUCCUAUUUGUAAUGUUUUAUUGUACCUUUUUUGGUAAUCAUUUCUAUGAUUACCUAUCGAUAUUAAUCCAUA